UCAACAGAGACUAUUAUGUUCAUUACAGGCAGCCAAUGCCAUUGAUUCCAUCCUUCAAAACCAUGAUACAUUUCAAUAAGCAAAAACUUGUAUGAAAAACCUUUUUUUUAAACAAAGUUAGUCUAUAAAUUAUAAAUAUUUCAGCAAUGGUUGUUGAUUGUACUUUUUUAAAAAAAAAAAUCUAUACCUAAUGCACAUAAAACCGCUAAUAGCCAUAUGGAAAAAGACACGAAGGACCUGUUGCUUAAUAAGCUAUGCAUAAAGGGAGAACAAAUCAAUCAGAUGACUGGUUAUUUAGUUGGAAAGUAUAGGCCUGCUGAAUUUUGAUAAACGGCCUCAUAAUGUAUGAUUAUUAUUGAGAUAAACGAGCAAUAGGCUAACUGAUAGGCUAUGCAUUGGUGGUGCCAAAGGCAUUCUUAUCUGAUGUAUUGUAUAGCCUAUCAAAUUUAAUAACCUAAGUUAUUUGACUCUUUGAAUGCUAUUUUGUUAAAUGAUAGGCCUAUAAUUAAUUGCAUAAAACGUUUUUUCAUUCAAAUAGGCUAGAAAUGAACUUCUACCUCAAUGAUUUGCUUGGAUUGUGCUAUUAAAGCGUUUCAAAAUACGAUCCAGUGGUUUGAUUAGUUGAAUAUAUUUUCUAAGCUUUUAUAUGAAAUAAAGUCACAUCAGUCAUAUCAUUGCACCAGAAAUUGGGCAAUGGUCAGGACUACCUCGCGUCAGUGUGUCUUGUGUUUGAUCGGUAGCCAUGGCGUUUUCUUUUGAGAUUGUGUUGCGGUAGCGUGUCAUAUCUCCUCCAACCCAAUGCGAGUUCCGGAUGCAGCGGCGAUGUUUCUAAUCGAUAGAGGGCAUAUGGCGCUUUGAUUUCCUGCAAGUCACUUGUGGCUUUUGGCCUGCCUUUCUGCACCCGAUAGAAUACUUCUGCAUUUAAAAAAUAAUAGAAAUAAGAUGACAGAAAAUAACUAAAAAAUAAUGCUACGUCAUGAGUCUAAAACAAAAUUAUUUAUUAUAAAAUGUUUUAUAACUCUUCUUGUCACCAACAUAUUGUCUCACUGCAAAGGUCAUAACCGAAUAGGCGUACAUUUAUAUUUAAAUAUGAAUUCGUACCAAUAUUGCUAUUAUUUCGUUUGAUUGGCCAAGUUUUAACUUCCAUAACUAACUCAUUUAGUUACAUUGUGGUAUACUCCAAAUAAUUUCAAAGAAUAGGCUUAUAGGUGUUUUUGAGUUAAUCAUUUCACCUGUCGAAUAUGAAUAUUGUAGCAAGAUAACGUAGUAGACCUAUAAUGUAAGGACAUAGAACUUAUGUCUAUCACAUAUCCUGAAUGUCUGGCACGCGCCAUCAGCUGGUUGAAACGUGACUGAUACUGAUAUUCUCCGCCCCACUGGCAGUCUAGAGUGCUAGGCGAGCUGAAUGCCUGUUGUUCUGUGCGUAAUUGGUCCAGAACAGGUAAUCAGCGGCCUUACUAUGCGCACAGAGAACAGAGGUAACACUGUUCACUCAUUGAGCAUAUUAUAAUACUGCGGGAAAUACGAAACUUCCGUGGACCCGCAGGCAGUCGUAUGGACAGCGACUGUCUGCGGUUAUUAAAUAUAGCCUUAUGUAUAUAUGAAGAGACACCGACCAAAUUGAUGGAUAAAAAUACAUUUGUGAAAGACGCAAGACAAUUACACACUGAUGCAGUAUUAUCAUGCAUUAGUAUUUUUCCAACAUUUAUUCAUUUUGAGAAAUGCUAUGUAAGCCAGUGAGGGGCUAUUCAACAUGUGACUAUAUGGGCACAACCACGUCCAUACUUCGCCUACUAUUCUCUAAUUCGCAUUUUCAUUCGUGCUCAAUCGAUUACGGAAAUAGGUGGAUUAUGUACCAUUAUCAAGCAUGUAGAUAACACGUCGCAUGAGUCAUGUUGAUUAGAGGCACACGUAGCACACUCCGGUCCACAGCAACCCUGACUGACUGGCACCCAGGUGCUGUUGGUCUCCGCGUUUCCUCUCCCUCCUGUCUGUCCUGCAGCUAGGUAUAGGGAGGGAUUAAGUAACACAUAAAGCAGUGUAUCACUUAUCCUGAUUGCCAUGGGUUUUAAUUCCCCGUGGAGGGAUACAGGCUGAUCCGUGAGGGGGAGUGGUCUGGGGAGCUGUUUGUUCUGGAGACGGACCAAUCAUAGGCUCCAGGGGCGGCAAUGAACUGUGGAGGAGUUUCCUCAAGCCUCGGCACCUGUCCCCGCCCACAACACCUGGCAGACGUGAGAGGGCGUGUGCGCGUGCUCCAUCUUCAGCCAGAAAUCUCUUAUAGUUGACCACACAUUGUCAACCAAUAGUCUUCAAAUCUUUUCAGGGAUAAGACUGCAACACCGCAUCCCAGGAACAGAGGUGCAGAUUGCUAUUGGAUCUGGAUGGCCAGUGAUUUUGGAUAUUAGCAGAGACCGAACAAGGAGAGUGAAAAUGCCUCGGUCCUUCUUGGUGAAGAGUAAGAAGGCGCACAGCUACCACAAGCCUCGGUCCUUAGAAGAUGACUACAGUAGACUGGAUACAAUCUUAGCUCAUAUAUGUGCAGAGAAUAGUAACAUUUUAGAUGACUCGGAUGCCUUGACAGGAGGCGAUGCCAUCCGCGGGUUCUCCCCAGACUCUCACCUAGUGGACACGGCUGACUUCUCCUCCAAGUCCACACUCAGCUGUGGGGACAGUGUGUGCAGUCCAGCUUCAGUUUAUGAAGACUUCUGGCGGCCUCCAUCGCCUUCAGCAUCACCAGUAGAUUCAGAGAAAUCCCUGUCUCCCCCGGUGAACGAGACACAACCCUUCCCCGUUGUUCCCUUCCGGCCCUAUGCGUGGAACAGUUACUCUGGUUCGGACAUCCGUCACCUGGUCCAGCAGAGUCUCCAUCACCAGCACCACCACCCCAUGGACUUGAAGAGAAGCCCGGAGUUAGGGUACUACCGCGACCGGGCCAUUGAACCAACCCUCUUUAACAGAAGUCCGGUAGCAGAAAAUGACAGUGAUUACCGGUCCGCUGCCGGUCUGUUCGAGAGAGCUGCCGCCCCCGGGAUAGGGUUGUAUUCUGAAAGGAACCUGUACGGGAAAAGCCCAGAAAUCAAGGCUGUGUCUGACUUACCCUGCUCACGGUUCAUUCUGAAUGGUACCUACAAGUGCAUCAAAUGCAGUAAGGCGUUUUCGACUCCCCAUGGGUUGGAGGUCCACGUUCGCAGAUCACACAGUGGCACGAGGCCCUACGCUUGUGAUAUCUGUGGCAAAACCUUCGGACAUGCUGUCAGCCUCGAGCAACAUAAAGCUGUGCACUCUCAGGAAAGAAGCUUUGAUUGCAAAAUAUGCGGUAAAAGCUUCAAAAGGUCAUCGACUCUCUCCACGCAUCUCCUCAUCCACUCUGAUACACGGCCUUACCCAUGCCAGCAUUGCGGGAAGAGGUUCCACCAGAAAUCAGACAUGAAGAAACAUACAUUCAUCCACACAGGUGAGAAGCCGCACAAAUGCCAAGUGUGUGGGAAAGCGUUCAGCCAGAGCUCCAACCUCAUAACGCACAGCCGGAAACACACGGGCUUCAAACCAUUCGGAUGCGACCUCUGCAGCAAGGGAUUCCAGAGAAAAGUCGACUUAAGAAGACACAAAGAGUCACAACAUGGACUAAAACCCUCAAACUAAAAUCAAAUAAAAGAAUGGGCACCAAACACUAUAAAACAAAACACUUGUUUUGGAAACCAGAAAUAAGCUACUGUAGCUAUCCAUUCCUCAAACAUUUCAGACUGUGAUUUACUGGUGGAGAGUUAGUGGCUUUUGUGCAGUGUAGGUUAAGACAAAACCGGGUUGAACUAGGAAGGGACACUAUCUGAACCCAAAAUAUUUGUACAAAAUAACCAGAUAGGUAAUAACCCCAAAGAAAGCGCGUUGGGAAAUUGGGAAAAUAGACCUUGUCUAAAGAAUGACAGACACUUUGUUUAGUUGGACGCCAUGGAUGCUGGCACAACAGUCACUACAAUAAGGCUAUGUGAUUUAAUAAACAAUGGUUGUGUAUUUAUUUUAA